CUUAGCAACUGAGGCGAUGUAGUUGUCAACAGAAACUGGACUCCUGCAACUCUGUGCCCGAGGCGGGGACCCUUCGCCAGCAUCAGGGAGUCACAGCCUUGUCCAGCAGUGGGAUGCUGGCCGCGCCCGCCUUCUGCUCUGCCCAGAACCUUCCAGCUUUGCAACUGGUUGUGUGGAAGAAGAAACAAGUUUGCAAUUUCCGAGGUGGACCUCGCUUCUGCUGCGAAAGGGCAGAGGCCAGACCGCACCCACUUGAGAGCUGGAGUGUAGUCUAAGUCGUCGCCGACGCGUAGGAGCCCUUCUUACACAGAGGGUUUUCUCCAUCACUCCUAGCAGAAGCUCGGCUCCCUAAUGCCUGUCUAUCCAGAGGCUAAAGAGCCAUGGGCGCAGAGGCAGGAGCGACUGAAGAAGACCGGGACGGGUGUGGCAGAGCAGAGUCUCCUUUCGUCGGAGCGAUGGCUUCAGCUGCAUGGGCUGAAGAGCAAGAAGCUGACCUUGAAGCAGAUCUUAUCACAGAUUGGGUUCCCUCAGAGUGAAGAUUAUGUGACUUCAUUGAGGAGACUUGUGGCUUCUCGGUAUGCUGAUGGCCUGUUCCCACGGUUCUACACAGCAGAAGAUGGCAGGCUAUACAAUCUGACAGCAAAGUCAGAGCUGAUCUACCAGUUGGUGGAUUGUUUAACGCAAGCCGUGGAGAGUUAUAAGCAACGGAUGGACUGGCUCACCAGUGGGAGCCGGCAGAUUUUUGGUGUUAUCUUGGAACAGAGAGUCACCAUAGUGCUGGAUCUCAGAGACAUUCUGAAGGAGGAGCUCAAUCUGUGUCAGGAUGCUCUGACAAUGGUCCUCCAGGAGCAGGUGGCUCUCAUCACCAGUUUCAACAUCAUAUGGGUUUCCAAAGAGCCGGUGAAAUGGCAGGAGGCUGCCAUCUUCGUGACUGAAUACUCCAUAGCCACUGCCAUCAGUUGGAUUGAGAGAAUGACUUUUGAGCCAAUGGUUGUGAGAGAGGUUAGCUGCCUGGACUCUCUUCUGGAAGCUGGGAAAAUCGAAACCAUUGAAGCCAUUUACUACUUUGUGGUGGGGGAUGUUCCUCAGAAGUCCCGGAAGCUUCUACUCCAGAGGAUUCUGGAGGUCCCACAUCCAGUCUGCACAGUAUCCUUCAACGCCAGAGGAGAAGACACCAUAGCUUUUCUAAAAGAUCUAAGUGCCAGGACCCACGGCAGAUUCCACGCGUUUGCGGAGAGAACAGAGUGUCUGAAAUUCUCUGCCUUUGCCAUGGAGGACGUUGACAGCUCCCUGACUUGGAAUUCACGGAAACUGAAAGGGAGACAGCCUCCAGGGGCCGGCGUCAGAGAGGAUGUGUUCCUCAUCUGGAGAGAAAUGGAGGAAGCCUGCAGCACACUGGCUCAGGUCCGGAGCCUGGUGGAGAAGGCUCCUCAGCCGGCUCCUCAGCCCAAUGUGUCCCCAGCAGACUGCAAACCAACGACGCCUGCUGAGAGUAAGGAAAGUCCAGAAGACACCUGGGACUCCCGGAAGUGGCUCCAGAAAUAUGGCUUGAAGGCUCAGAAGCUGACCUUUUACGAUAUGCUCGCCGAAUGUUCCUUCCGCCAUGCUGAUGGAGUCGUUGAUAUAAAAGCCAAACCAGAAAACGAAUCUGUGCAGACCAGCGCGGACACCAAUAAGAAGACUAUCCAUGCCAAAUACUGCAACAGAUUCAUCCACGUCCCCUGGAAGGAUGGGAGCUUGAUCCACGUCAACAUCACCAAGGAGAAGUGCAAGCGGUACAGGGAGAGAAUCCACACAGCCCUGGCCAGGAUCCAAAGGAGGAUUAAGUGGCUACAGAAUGGGAGUCACGCCCUCUUUGGCAAAGCCCAGGGAGAGCGCAUCUACGUCCUCAUUGAUACAUCUUGCUCAAUGAAGAGCAGACUGAACCUGGUCAAGGAUAAGAUCAUUCGGUUCAUACAGGAACAGCUAAAAUACAAGAGUAAAUUCAAUUUCGUGACCUUUGACGGUCAGGCAAUUGCUUGGCGGGAAAAACUCGCUGAAAUCAAUGAAGAUAAUUUGAAACAGGCUCUCUCGUGGAUUAGAGACAUUAAGGUUGGGAGUUCCACAAAUACCCUGAAUGCCCUGAAAAUCGCUUUUGCAGAUGAAGAAACACAAGUGAUCUACCUUUUGACAGACGGGAGACCUGACCAGCCACCAGAAAUGGUGAUGGAUCACGUCAAACUCUUUCAGAACAUCCCCAUCUGUGCCAUCUCCUUCAGUUACUACGACGAGGUUGCUAAUGAGUUCUUGAAGCAGCUCGCUGCUUUGACUGGAGGCGAGUUCCGUGCUUAUAACUUUGGCUGCAAGGAUUCCAUUCAGGAUAUUCAGGAUGAAGACGUGAACCUUUUACUUCAGGAAGUGCAGCGGGGUUACAGCGACCUGGAGAAGGUACAGGAGCUUUACACCGAGUCCUUAGUCAUCGACUGGUGGUACAACACAGACAAGGACACGGAUAGCAAGCAUCAAAAGGAAAUCUCAUCCAUGGCUUCAACUCCAGAAAAAUGUGCAAACUCUCAAUCCGACGCUGACUCAAUGACUUUGUCACCCUCAAACGUGUCUACAGGAUCGUGGAAGGUUUCAGAGGAAAAAACACAGAAAAAGAAAAUCCUCCAUGCAGAAUCGACCAAAACAAGCCUACUCAGAAGUCACCUAUUCAACUUCAAGAGCUUCAGCGGGAAGAAAGACAGCCCCAGCUCCAAGAGCGACAUCACAGCUCUCAGCAACAGAGAAAUGAGCAUCCUGCUGAUGAACAAGUAUCUAGAUGACAAAUUGUCAGAAAGCCUCAGUGGAAAUGGGAGCCAAGUUAGUGACCACACCUCUUCGGACAUGUCCUCCAAAACCUGGCUCCAAAUCCAUGGCCUGGUGGCCAAGAAACUCACCAUCACAGACGCCUUGGCCGGGACCAUGGUAUCCCACAGCUCCACCUAUGUCCCCAUCCUGAAUAAGAAUGUUGUCUCCAAGGUCUUUGAUGAGAUGUUCCCUGUGGCACAUAUGUGCAGUAACAGCGAUAAGAUGAUAUUAAUUAACCCUCGUGGAGUCAACCUCAAUACCUACAAGCAAAAUGUGGAGCAAGCCAUCAGAUCCUAUGAGAAGCGCUUAAAUAAAAUUGUCUGGCAAGCGCUGUCUGAAGAGGAGAAAGAGAAGUUGGAUGCUGUCAAGCCCAUGCAGUACUUGGAAAACAAGGCGGUUUUAAACAGAGCCCUGGAGCGGCUGAAUUGGCCCAUUUCACUGAAAGAGCUGUCGAUGCUGGAAAACGAAAUCUUGGUUGGGAAAAUGUACAUCCAGCAAGCCAUGGAGCUCCAGGAGGUUGCCAGGAAGAACUACCAGAGCAAGACACUGCAGGAGCAGCAUAAAUUGCAAGGGUAUCCAACAAAGAAAAUCAAAUCAAGAAAGCUAGACCCUCUCAAAGGCCAGAAGGUCAUUGCCAGAUGUGAGGAGAACGGCUUCUAUUUCCCAGGGGUUGUGAAGAAAUGUGUGAGUUCCUCCCACGCCUUGGUAGACUUCAGGUAUGGUGAUACCAAGGUCGUACCCAUCUCCUUCAUCACGCCUAUUGGGGGCGCCAUGCCCUGUCCACAACUUCAGGUUGGGGAUUACGUGUUUGCGAAAAUCAUGACAAGCAAAGGAUUUGACUUCUACGUCCCCGCCAUUGUUAUAGCUCUUCCAAAUCACAAUGUGGCUUCAGAGAAAUUCUACACAGUUUUGAAGUGUAACAACCGAAGAGAAUUUUGCCCUCGGAGUGCUCUCAUUAAGAUCAGCCAAAACAAGUAUGCUCUGUCUUGCUCCAUGAUAAGAUCAUCUCUGGUCGAGAACAAUCCAACAGGGGAGGAAAUAGAAGCAAGUGACACUUCCAACCUCUGGACCGUGACUGAAGAAACCCCCGAGUAUUCGAAACAGCCCAAACAAGAGAAACUCAGAAAAAAGAAAAAGAAGUCCUCCAAGAGGUCACCGCUCCAGGAGCUAAUGUGCUCAGAUUCGGACGGUUCCUCCCAUGGCACCAGGUCCCCUGAACCUAUCCCCAGCCCCUUCUCUGGGCUCAGGGUGGGGGACUGGGAGGCACCCUGAAUCUAUAUGACACUUUAAAGCCUAGCAUAUAUGAGACUGUCCCCCAGGCUCCAAGCCAGGAUAGGUCCUAGCACAAUAAAUUACCCCCAUCCCCCAUUCAUGCUGACAUCCAUUUUCCCAGAGAAGGUUUUCCACACGUGGGCUAGGACGCCGCCAUCUCCGUCUUCGCCACACCGCCACCAGGAGCAGCCCUGCCCUGACAGAGUCCAGCCACCCACAGCAAAAGGGGCUGAGGACCCAUCGCUGAGGAACCCUAAGGAACCCUAGUGGCAGCUAACUUUAAGCAAGCCACUGUCCCCCAGGGAUGCUCAGACCCCAGCCUCUGGACUCUGUGGAGCAAGCCUCUCUUCUGAGGUAAGGCUUGCAUUCUCUCUAUCCAGUACCUUCCCUGUGGAUGAAAGCCAGCUUCCUGUCCCAUCCCCAGCCUGGCUAUCCUACUGUUUGAGCUUAGGGAUGUUUCUGGACAUUCUUUGUUCUGGACAUUCUGUUGUCAUAAAAUUGUCAGUCUUUUGAUACAUUUGUAGCGCACUAACCUGGCAGGCUGCUGUUAGAAUGCCCAUGUUCUUGGAGGACUCCAUAUAGCUGGGCUCCACACCUAUGAUGUUGUUUUAAAUUGUUUCUUCCUUGUGAUUUAAGGAUUUUGCCACACAAUGUGGAGACUGAAAUUAAUACUUGCUCAGUAACUUGUCUGAGAGCUAUAAGACUGAGUGUUCUCUAUGUUACUGUGUCCUGAGCAUCUUUAUUGAGCCCUUCCUAAUUGAUUUUGUCUGUAGUCUGUUGUAGGUACCUCUGAGUGCAGAACCCGAAUAAAAUCUCUUACAUUAGAAA